AGACAGAGACAGCAGACGAGACAGAGACAGCAGACGACACACAGAUGGAGCAGACGGCUCUCUGGACGGUGGCUUCUGGGGGGCCUUGGAGACAGGAGAUCUGCAGGUGGUGUGGGACCGACUCAAGGUCGCUCUACACUGGCACAGGAACCCAUCACAACAGAGCAACUGCGCCGAGCUACUCUCCUCCAGUCUCCGGGGCUACAGCUGGUGCUUAUACAGAACAAUCCCCGGCGGACCUCCCACCAACGCUCACCCCACCCCACCAUCAGCAUCAGUCAAUGCAGCAACAACAGCACGUUUUCUGCACGACCGCCCCAGUUGAUCACCCCACGGUUCCCUCAGCGCGUCCUAUCGGGAACAGCCGUGAGAUCGCAGCGGCAGAUUAACUGA